AUGUCAAUGAUGUUCAGAAUAGAUUAUGGAAAUAAUAUUAAAUCAUUCGAAGAUUGGAAAUCAGAUAAUUAUAUGUGGAAAUGGAAUGGUCGAGGUAGCAUGACAAUCGGAGAUCAUACAUUUAAAAAACUGUAUCAAGUAGCGCAAACAGUAUCGAAAGAAAAAGAAUUUGAAAAACAUGUUUAUGUAUCAUCGAAAAAUCCAUCUGACAUGGUAGUCCAUUACAUUGGUGACGAGCAAAAAGGCAUACAAAAACUGAAAACACCUAAAUCAGUAUUGAACAAAAUCGAUUUGCUCGUAGAAACAAUAACACCAGCACAAGUGUAUCGCAAUUUGAUAAGUGGUAAUGAAAAUGCAGACAAAAUUAGAAAUGAACAGCAAAUUAUCAGCAGAAGAAAUCUUCAUUUACGAAAACAAAAGCUAUCACACGAUGAACUUUAUAAUGUGUACGAUAUGGGAUUUGAACUUCCAAAUUUUGUUCAUUCAUAUUCAUUGCUGCCAAACUACUUAACCGAAAUAAUGAAAACAUUAUGUCCAGAGAUUGAUGAUGGCCGGUGCGUUAUCGUUACGGAUAAUGAAAAGAGUUUCAAGAAUGCCUUCAUGUUUCAUUUUCCAAAUUUACGUCAAUAUAGAUAUUGGAAUCACCUGGACAAAAAUAUUGAAAGAUGGUUUACUAAACGACGAAAAAAGAAGCCUGAUAAUGACGGUUUGAAUAUGAAUGAUGAUCAAAUUGGUGAACAAGUUAAUGAUGAUGAAGAAGAAUACGAACUGUAUGAGAAUAAUUUCGAUGAAAUGGAUGAUACAAACGAAUUAUUUCAAACAACAACAAACCAUAGCAAUGCACAGCAACAACAACAGCAAUUAGGCAUAUAUAAUACUGACAAUUACAAUUCAAACAGAUCAAAAGAAACGCGUCGUGAAAAAGCUCGUCGUUAUAUCCAGCAAAUUAAAUUGCUGUUAUCGUCGAAUUCCUACGAUGAAUAUGAACAAUUAUUAAUCGAAACCGAAAACCAGUGGGAAAAACAGUUUAAAAAAUAUUUUCAUCAAUGGAUAAAACCUGAUAUCCAUCAACUAGGUCUUUGGCAAGUCGAUGGUUUAGACUUAGAAUGGUUUAGUUAG